AAGAAGAAAACGGUUUUCGGCGUCGCUUCGGUUCAAAAUAAACAAAAGUUCGUGCGGCUCGUUUCCCUCUGGGACUCGAUGGUUGGUUUUACAAACGUUUAGCUCCGUCAGAUGUUUCCUUCAUGUGCGCUUGGACGUCGUGACGCCGGCGGAGCUAGCGGCUAGCCCCGCUGCUAGCUGCUGGGGGGGAGAAGAUGAAGAGGAAACUGGUAAAAUUGAGACCGAGCCCCAACGAGGAGGCUCGGAUCCUAAGAGAAGAACACGAGAGGAGGCGGAAGCUGCGGAUACAGCAGGUGCGGGAGCAGCAGCGGCACAUCGCUCAGCAGAUCCGCCAGGCGGUGGAGCAGAGGCGGCAGCGGGAGCUGGAGCUGCUGGGGGAGCGGCUGCGGCUGGACUGGGAGCGGCAGCAGCAGGAGAAGCUCCACACGCUGCAGAGGCUGUACCAGGAGAGUCUCCAGCAGCUCGGACAGGGACACAGGAGUGCUAAGGAAAAUGAACCCGACUUGGCGGCCAUUGCUCAGAGGGAGGAAGAAAAUCACGCCAAAGCAGAUCAGCGUUAUCGAGAAGCCCUGAAGGAGCUGAAAUCCCAGAGACUUAAAGAACAUGAGAGACAAAGCCAACUCAUCAGCUCCAGGAAGAAGGCACUGCAGACAGAAAAGGAGAGAUCAUCAAAAGUGGCCCGUCUCCCGCCGCCUCCCCCCAACCCCGUUCAGAACAUCGAUUAUAAGAAGCCCCACGUAGUGAAGAAAUCUGAUGUGAGCGCCUUCGCUACCACACACUACAACAUGCCAGAGAGCACGGUGGACAGAGAGGAAGACACACAGCAGAUGAAUGCUCAUGAGGAGGCUGAGCUGGAGGCGAGGAGACAGCAGGAGCUGCAGAGGGAGGAAACGAGGAGGAGAGGGGAGCAGCUUGAGAAGGCUCGCGACAGAGGGAGGCAGGCCCUAAGGAGGGAACAGCUCGUACAGGACCGUGAGCGCUUGCUUGUAGAACUGGAGCACCUGCAGCAGACCGACCUGCUGAGGAGGAGACAGCAGGUGUCACAGAUGCCUCUCUACAAGAGACAGGAGACGAGGGACGACUUCCAGAGGGAGAUUGAGUUUGCUUUUGAGGACAUGUACACAGGAGAGAGGAGGGUCAAAGGUGACCUGGUGCUCCAGCUGGCUCCGGAGCCCAUACCAGCUCUUCCCACAGGAAGCCAGGACCAAGAGCUGGACGUCACUCUGGAUGAGAUCACCACACCCGGAACAGAACACUCUCCACAUGAAGCUGAGCAAGAGGCUGAGAGCAAUGAGCAGGAAACAUCUGCUCCAGUGGAACCCUCCAAACCUGCUCCUCGGCGGGCGUUGAAGAAACUCCUGGAUCGUAUCAGAGGUCAGAGGAACCAGUCGACUGAACACAGCAGGCGUGUCUCUCCAGCUGAUUCACCGACUGUCAUGACUGAUCAGAUCCCAGAGCGCGACACCACCAUCGAGACGGGCUCCCUGACCAGCGGGGAGAAGGACCAACCAGCUCCCAGUGAGCUCCUGCAGCCGGUUCUCUCUCCACCUGAGAAAACAUCCACGAUCGGCAGCUCAGUGGAGACAUCACCUGCAGCAAAUACUCGACGUCCUGAUGAACUCGAGAACAGAAUCCAAGACUUUGGAGAAGAACGAAAGAAAAGGGAGGAGGAGCUUGAGCGGCAGAAGCAGCAGCAGUUGGUUUUGCUGCAGGAGCUUGAAAAGCAGAAGGUCAAACUGGAGCAGAUGCUGCUGGAGGCUCAGCAGGAGAGGGAGCAUCUGAAAGCUGCUGCUGGGAAGCAGGAAGUGGAUUUCAACCGAUCAGACGUAACUGACCAGGAUCAGGAAGUGGUCUCGGUUCUGUCUGGUCCAGCAACUGAGCUGGAGCCCCCUGCAGGUGAGGAUGACCACCACCGGCGGAUUAGAGAAUAUCAACAACGUCUGCUGGAACAAAACAGAACUCACCAGAGGUCCGUGGAAGUGGCUCGCCAGCGUCUGGAGGAAUACCAGCGAGCUCUGCGAAUUCGUUACAGCAUGACCUCCCCAUUGUUGCAGUCGGCUGUUGUUCCUCCAGGUCACCCCCCGCUGCACAGCACUCAGCCGCUGCAUAUUCCAACCCCUCCACCUCUAACUACAACUCCUGCACUCCCAUCAUUCAUCCAUAAUAAACCACUAACCUCAAUAGAAGUUCCCACUAGAGAGUCUGACAUUCUGGCUUCACCUCCUCGUCUUACUGGUUCCAGUUUGAGCGCUGGUUCCAAGCUGCUACCUGGAGAAGUGGAAUCUCGCUCAAAUUGUUCAAGGAACCAAAGAGCAGACGUGAGCUCCUGGCUCAGCGACAACAUCAUGGAGAGAGUAACCGAGCACCUCCCACAGAGGGUGAGACCCUCGUCGCUCAACACAGAGCCUCCGCCUCACAAACUGUUCACAUCACAUCCCUCAACAGACAUCCCACUGCAGCGAUCCUCUGAUCCCAUCCUGGCCACCAGCCCGAGCAUCUGGGAUGAUGCACCACUGGUUCCAGGCCAUGCAGAGGUUCAGCCCGGGGUCGUGUUUCAUGGUUCCCUGCAGACGAUGAGCUCCAGAAGGGACGACAAGGAGAGGCAGAGGCGGGAGCUGCAGGAGUUCCAGAGGCGUGUGCAGGAGCAGAAGGAGGCGAUAGAGCUGCAGAAAGAAGAGGAGAGGCAGAGGCGAGAGCUGCAAGAGUUCCAGAGGCGUGUGCAGGAGCAGAAGGAGGCGAUAGAGCUGCAGAAAGAAGAGGAGAGGCAGAGGCGAGAGCUGCAAGAGUUCCAGAGGCGUGUGCAGGAGCAGAAGGAGGCGAUAGAGCUGCAGCAAGAAGAGAAGAGGCGGAGGGGAAAGCUGCAGGAGGUGCACAAGCGGGAAGUGAUGCUGCAGGAGUUCCAGAGACGGGAAGUAGAGCUGCAGGAGUUCCAGAGACGGGAAGUAGAGCUGCAGGAGUUCCAGAGACGGGAAGUAGAGCUGCAGGAGUUCCAGAGGCGUGAGCAGAAGGAGGCGAUAGAGCUGCAGCAAGAAGAGGAGAGGCGGAGGGGAGAGCUGCAGGAGUUCCAGAGAAGGGAAGUAGAGCUGCAGGAGGUGCACAAGCGGGAAGUGGAGCUGCAGGAGUUCCAGAGACGCAUGCAGGAGCGGAGGGAGGUAGUAGACCUGCAGCAAGAGGAGAGGCGGAGGGUAGAGCUGCAGGAGUUCCAGAGACGUGUUCAGCAGCAGAGGGAGGCAGUAGAGCUGCAGCAAGAAGAGGGGAGGCAGAGGGGAGAGCUGCAGGAGGUACAGAGACGCAUGCAGGAGCAGAGGGAGGCGGUAGAGCUGCGUCAAGAAGAGGAGAGGCGGAGGCGGGAAGAUGAGAUGGAGCAGAUGAGGCAGCAGAAGGAGACGUUGAAGGCUUUGAUUCAUACUGAUGCACAACCAGUUCCAGACGCUUCCAGUGAAGAGUUGGCUUCAGAGAACACGGCUCAGACUCGCCUCAGGUUACUUGCGUUCCUGCUGAAAGCGAUCGAGGAGUCUAACGGAGGAACGUUGUCCCACCUCCAGGACCCUGACACCAGAGAGGCCUCCCCUCACCUACCACUGGGUGGCAGUGAUCCCAUCACUCAGACCAGUGAUCCUGCUCCAGCGCCCGUCCUCCUGCCAGAGCUCCUCCCUCUUCCAGUCCGAGCAGCGAAGCCCCCAGUGACCCGCAUCCGACUGGGAAUCAUGGAGGCGACUGAACAACACGAGCUCAGUGCGAUUCAAGAGCUGGAGACGUCCGUCAUGAACGACAAAGUCACAGGCCCAGAGAAGAACCUGAAGCUACCAUCAGCUGUAAACUGGGAUCCACAGGAGGAAUCCGAUUUGUCCGUCUCAUCUGACAGAACUCUGGACACGCCCUCUGUGUCCAGCAGCGGGAAACGGACGGUGAGCAGCUCGAGCAGCUCCGGGACAAACUCUGAGACGUCCCACCAUCACAUCUGGAGAGAGAGACUGCUGACGGGAGCAGUGACCUCUCCAGAAUCUUCAGAGUCUGAUUCAGUCCUGAGAAUGAUCUCGCCUCCUUCGUCCGACUCUGGGAGAGGAGCCGACGUCUCUGGAGCGGCAGCCACAAGCUACAGGUCCUUCACAGAGUCUCCCCUCAGGCCUCCUGACCCUCACUGCCUCUCCUCCACCACCAUCUCCAGCGGCAGCUACAUCACCACCGAUCCUGAGCAGAACGUGAACACUGACACAUCCCCACCCGUCACGCUCUGUGAGGAGCAAGGAGCUGAAGUUCUCGACGUUUCCUCUCCGACCGCUCAACUCUCCUUCAUCAAGGACACGUCGGCUGCACGUCGACACGGUGUCGCUGUUCAGACUCUGUUCAACGACGGCAGCAUCCAGCGGAUUAUAGAGCGAUACACGAGGGAGCUGGACUUCUCCCUCAGCUCGGCUGGGAGAGCGACAGACAGUGAAGCCUCGUAUGUGGACGAGCCCGGUUCUGUGGGUGGAGCCUCGGAGGGCGAAGGCACUGCAGGUCAUCAGGCUCCUCCCCCAGGGCCUCGGACUCAGAGUGACCUGGAUCGAGACUUUCGUGUCAAUCCAAUCCUGGAUCCCUUCUCACAGGCUGAGGACUCGUUCAGGCCUCUGAUUGGCCAGCUGGCAGAGCAGUCCUCCUGCCUCGCUGCUGACCCGAGGCACUCGGCCAUGGAGCGACUGGUCGGUCAACCGUCGGCUCACUCGUCCAUGAUCGGUCAGCUUCAAGCGAGCGGGGGUCAAGGGGCAUGGGAUUCCACUCUGAGCCGGAUGAUUGGUCGACUCUCCCAUCGGUCCAGUGUUAAUGGUCGGAGCGGCUGGCAGGACGCGAGUCAGCUGAUGGGUCCGAUGGUGGAGGAGCAGUCGACCACGUGGUUGGAUGAAGUUCAGGAGGAGAGCCAGAUGAGAGCGCUGGUCGGGGAGCCAGACCUCGAUCAGCACAGUGGAGUCUCAGGUGAAUGGACCCACAUGGAUCCCAGUGUCCCAGCUGAGGCCAGUUUACCAUCACACCCAGUGUCGACACACUGUGCCUCUGUCCCGGCUGCGAGUCCACAUCCACAGGACCAGAUGCCACAGAACCAAACCAGUCCAAUGGACCUGGACCCCGAAAGGACUGACGUUCUUCCAGGCUCGGACUCUUUCCACCCGCUGCUGGCUGAGCUCACCCACAACGACACGGCCGACCCCUCCAUGACCUUUCACCUGCUCACACACAAAGUGCUGUCCUCACCGGGGCUGACCAGUGAGGAGUCCAGUGUCUCCUGUCCUCCUGGAGGCUCUGACCCUCACAGUGAUUCCUCUGUCGAGUCCCAACCGUCACCUGAACGCCUUCGCUCGGAGGAUCCUGCCUCACACCAGCUCCUCCAGGACCAAACCCAGGAAUCUGCCCUCGUGCUGGAAGACACCAUGAGUGCAGACGUGGAGCUGAGUCUGUCAAAAUUGACCAUGUGUGAUGAAGCACCUGCUGCAGGCACAUCCCAGCCAGCAGGAGGCGCUGCAGACAGGUUUCAGGAUUCAGGUCCAGUCAGAGAAGUUUGUGAAGAAAUGACAUCUGAGCCGGGCUCCGACCUGAGGAGGGAUACUCCCCUCUUCCGUAGGAUUAUGGAAGCGGCCUGUGAGAAGGGGAUCCUGGAGCAGUCGGAGAUAACACUGGUGAGUCUGACCGACGAAGACACGACCAUCACUGAGGAAGAGGGAGUUUAUGAAGAGAACGAUCCAGAUGAGGAAGAACAGAAAAGCAAAGAGACAGAGGAGGCAGAAUCCACGUUAUCUGAGGACGGAGCUCAAACUCAUCCAGAGCCGGUCCUGGACGUUCACUGGGGUCUGAGCAGACGCCUGCAGGACGUGAACGAGCAGAAGCGCAGGGCUCUGAUCCAGAGAUCCUCUCGCAGGGUGGAAGGCAUCAAGGCCAAAGUGGCUCUGAACAAGAAUCGAGCUGAAGCCAGAGAAGAGGAAACCGAACUUCCACUUCAAACUGAGUCACAGGCUGGAGAGAGUGAGACGUCUGGUUUCAUCCAGCAGAGCAAGUGUCAGCCUCCAGCGAGCGUCUCCGACCUGAAAGAGGUGAAGCUCUACGGCCCAGAGCAGCGGAAGCGGGACGUGAGUGAGAUGUACCAGAGAACUCAGAGACUGUUCCACCAGCUGGAGGAGGUGAAGCAGCAGAAAACCAUCCGGAGCCGACAGGAAGCUUCUGCACUAAAUCGACUGAAGGCCAAAGAAUUCCACAAGAAAACUUUAGAGAAGCUUCGAGCCAAGCAGACGCAGCAGUGACUCCCUGUCAAAGUUUUACUUUUUUUAAGUUUUAUCAAUAAAGUAUUUAAGUUAUUUAA